GUUUCAAUCUGCCAAGGGCAGUUUCCUGAACAUCAAUUUUGUUUCCUCUUAACCUAUCAAAAGACCAAAAUGUGCAAUAAUUUAGGAGCCACGUUCCAUUUCUCGCCACCUUCGUAUUUUUUGUUUUUUCAUAAUAUCAUGAUUAGGAUACUAGUAAUUUACAUAAUAUGAAUGAAAGUGACCUAACCCAGUUCACGGUGCUGCACUUCAUCUUUUUUCUUGUGGACAAAAAUUGAAAUUGAAAUUCUCAACUUCUUUUUCAGUGCAUAUGCAAUUAUUCUCUGCGACCCCUUCGCUUUUUACUUCUUUUCCACCUCUCAGUUGAUGUUCCCAAUCUCCUUGUCUCUUUGAAUAUUUCCUUGAAUGGUAUUUUGUUGCUUCACGCUAUGGCUUCUUGGUGGGAUUUAAGACCCUUCUUUCGUUUUCAGUCUAUUAGGACCCGCGUUCAGUUCUCUGGACCCUGCUUUGGAACUCUAUAAAUUAAGCUUUUGAAGUUGUAUUCGUGGUAAUGUAGUUGACAUGACGAAAAAAAAUUGUGAUUUUGUUAUAAAUUGAUGGAUGGACGGAUCUGUGUGACUAUCGAUGUUUUGAACCAUUUAAUUGAUGUCCAUGAUAAAGGAUUUAACAGGCAGGAGGCCAGGGAUCUCUGCUGUGACUGGUGCUCACUUUUCAUCCAUUAAUUUUCCAUUGAUAGACUCAAAGAAUGAAGAGGAAUUGAGGACAAGGGAAGUCCAACUUGGUUCACAUACCAUGAGUUCUCAUGGAUAUGCAGUUGCGAAAACACACAAGCACGAUUGGCUCAUUCUCUUGCUCCUCGUGUUGAUUGUUAUCAUUCUGUACAUUAUCCAUCCUUUCCAUCGUUUUGUUGGGAAGGAUAUGAUGACUGAUCUCAGAUACCCCCUUAAGAGUAAUACAGUUCCUGUUUGGGCUAUUCCUAUUUAUGCAGUUUUGUUGCCUAUAGUGAUCUUUCUUGUUGUCUAUAUACGAAGGAGAGAUGUCUAUGAUCUUCAUCAUGCUGUGCUGGGUCUAUUCUUCUCCAUUUUAGUAACAGCAGUAUUUACUGAGGCAAUUAAAAAUGCAGUUGGUCGACCUCGACCAGACUUCUUCUGGCGAUGUUUUCCGGAUGGAAAGGAUGUUUACGAUAAAUGGGGAGAUGUCAUUUGUCAUGGUGACGAAAAGGUCGUAAAGGAAGGAUACAAGAGUUUCCCAAGCGGCCAUACUUCAUGGUCAUUUUCCUCUCUUGGGUUUUUAUCAUUGUACCUGUCUGGAAAAAUACAAGCAUUUGAUCGCAGAGGUCAUGUUGCAAAACUUUGCAUUGUUUUCCUACCACUACUUUUUGCAUCACUAGUUGGCAUUUCUAGAAUUGAUGACUACUGGCACCACUGGCAGGACGUGUUUGCUGGAGGUCUUUUAGGGCUUACAGUGGCUACAUUUUGCUAUUUGCAGUUUUUUCCUCCUCCUUAUCAUUCUGAAGGUUGGGGUCCUUAUGCAUAUUUUAGGAUGUUGGAAGAAUCACGUAGUAUGACCCAAGUUCCUAACGUUCAAAAUUCUGGUCAAGCGCAGUUAUCGGAGGCUCAGGUUGAGAGCCAAGAGGGGCAAGGUUUCCAUGGGUGUAUGGGGCGGCUAUCUUUAGCACGGGAUCAUAAUGCAACAUUGAAUGACAUUGAAUCUGGGAGAACAUAAAGUCUGUACAUCUCAUGAUCUUUCUAUUUGUAAAAUGCCAAUCAGAUGUUAGUUCAUAUCCUAGCGUUUUAUCCCGCAUGUAAAACUAACACAUUUUGCUGAGUUAUUGUUUCUACUCAGUUCAAGUGUCUCUGAAAACUUUGAAGCGUGGUUGUUUGCAGGUCAGAUUUGGGACAGUUAGUUAUUUCUCUAUUUGUGAAUAUGUCAACAUUAGAAAAUAUGAAAUCUAUUGAAGAGAAAAAAUUAUUAGAUAAUUUAAAA